AUGCCCCCCUGCUACGAAGAAGGGGGCCCUUGCUGUCCCCAAACCACGGACUACGGAAAUACUCAAGCCUGCUGCCCUCGGACCUCUCAGGAAGGCCCCCCUGAAAAUACUGAUCCUGUACUGCAGCCCAGCAGGCCUCACCGACAUCACCGGCGGGCUGACUGGUUGCGCCGACUGCCCUGUGGAGGAGGCUGUGGACCCCCCCGUCUGGUCCACCCGACCUGCGACGCUACACAGUCCAGCUGCAUCAGCUGUAUCCUGGCCUCAGGUAGGAGAGUUUCUCCUUAUCACCGCUACAAGAUACCCUGCAUUGCAUGUAGGGACCCUACCUCUCCCGCCCAGCCGACCGGAGCGGGGCCCUGGCCGUCGGCGGCCGUCCCCGGGCUUGGACUGAUCUCUGCUUGCCACUGCCCGGGGCAUUGGCCCGGGAUACUGAUGCUGGAGCGGGCCCCGGUCCAACUUCUCAUACCUGGGAGCCAAACAAUCAUCAUCACUAAUCAAUCAUCAUCACCAACUAAUACCGGUUCGUGUGUGCGUUCCGUUCGGUUGUCGGCUGUCGCGUUACGACUGCUGACACUGGACCCUUCGGUGCUGCUCCCUAAAGAGCGCCCGACUCGCUGUACCGCCCCGACGACACCACCGGUGGCCUGCUGUGCCGCGCCCGGCGCCGUCGUCGCCGCUGCCGUCGCCGCUGUUGCCGCCGCUGCCAUCGCGAACGCCGCGCAGCCCCAGCAGCUGUUGCUGCUGCCGCACACCACGGUGCGGCCCUGCCCUGCUUCGACGCAUCACGCAUCGUACACCCGCACAGGCAGGAGAGCUUCUCCUCUCUACUACUGUUGGACACUCGGGCAUCACCUGCCAAGCCCCCUCCCCCCCCCUCCUCAGCCAGCGAGGUCAACGAAACCGGCGCUUGAAUCCGAACCCUGA